AGGGAAGGUGACUGAUGCCCAGCUGGAGCUCCGACGUCCCGCGUCCUGGCGGACUCUGAGCCACCUCGUGGGAGGAGGCGGGGUGAGGUGUCAGUGACACGAUUAAAUCUCUUUGACAAUGAUCCGCUGGGGCAGGUGAGAUGCUGUAUAGCGGGGAGCAAGGGGCGCCAGCGUGUUUUCCCAAGGGAGCGGGGUCCCUCGCCUCUCUCAACCUCGAUCCCCGCAGAGCGCCCGCGAGAGACAGUGAUUUAUGCGUAGGGAGAAGCAAGAGAAAUUUCCUGCACAAUGUAUCUUUCUCUGCCUUCACAGACUCAGUGACUUCCCAGCCCCAGGGAGUGCAUUUUUCCUUCUCCUCUGUAAAGCUUUCUGUGGCUUGCAUUAUCGUUUGCUAAAUACAUUACAGCUCGCUAUUUAUUUCAGUCUGCAGCUUCUAGACCUUUGUUGCUUUCUCGCCACAUCUAGGAAUUUGAGUAAUAAAUCACUGAGGGGCAUAGAUAGAGUCUUGGGCCCUUCCCUUCAUUGUUCUCCCUGUCCCCAUCAAAUCAGGUGGAAGGCUCUCCACACGGAGCUCUCCAGAAGGCUUGCCUUUCCUGGUCAAGGCUACAGAGAGUGGCAGGUGUUUUAAAGGCAGGCUGCCUUCCAGUUGAGAUCUAGAAUUUAGGGAACUUCUGCAACAAACUUCUAUGUCCUCGUUCACAAACCUUGAGAAAGAGGAGAUUGCACUGAAAGAUAACGUUAGAUUUAUUCUCAGGCCAGUGGCCAGUCACGAUGAAAGAGCCGAUUCAGAUUCCAUGCCUCACUGAUACCAGAACCUUCAAACUCACUACUGACUACCUAGGGUGAGGACAGUGGGAGGAAAACUUGGAGAGGUGACUGGAGAAUGAGAUGGGUUUAUUCUCAGUCGAAUUCUAAACAUUCUAUUACAUUUUAUAGCUCUUUUUUUUUUUUUUUGAAGUCUGUUUUAGCUGAAAAUGUAGGAGGUAGUUCAACUUUUAGGGCAAGAUGAAAAAAAAAACUUCAGAAAUUUUCUGGAAAUUUUAAAUUAAUGUUAAAGUAGAAAGCAUUCUCCGGAACCCGGAGAGGCUGCAAAUACUGUAGUUUCUGUUAUGCACAUGUUGAAAUAAACUGCCUCAUACUUGAAGUUAUAUGAGAAGGAUGGAGAAAACCUGUUUCAUUUUGUAAAGACGUGCCCUGGGUGUGUUUGGCAGUGUGGAGAGCAGAAACAUUUAUAUUUCUAUAAAAGACACACAAGUGUAUAUUGUUUAACUUUCAUGCAAAAACUCGGACAUAAUAUUUGGGAAAUCCGUCUUUGUUUGAAUAGUUUAGUCAACCAGGAAAAUCAGUUACUAGAAGUACUGUGCUAUUGUUUGUGUAGUAACUCACUUGGGAUGCUUUGAUUGAUUGCUGUAGUUCUCAUCAGCCUCCUCUUCUGUGGAAAGUACUUAAACAGCUCUGACUCUCAAGCCAGGAAGUACAAAGAACUCUUAGGACUUGGAGCAUACUGAUCUAGCUUAUUCAGUGAGCCAAGGCCUGGGUUUUGCUCUGGAAGUCUGUCCUGCCUGCUUCUGUAAUCUGGCGCUAUGCAUCCAGACUCUGGACCCUUACAGACACUGCUGUAUGUGAUGCUUGUGAUUCUGUGCUCUCCUGUGAGUUCAGACUUGGCACCUUACUUCAUUUCUGAGCCGCUGUCUGCUGUCCAGAAAGCUGGAGGAUCUGUAGUACUACAUUGUUCUGCCAAACCUGUGACUACUCAUAUCUCAUGGUUGCAUAAUGGAAAAAGAUUGGAUAGAAACAUGGAACAGAUUAAGAUUCAUCAGGAGACUUUGACUAUCCUUUCUCUUAACCCCUCCCUUGUGGGUUACUACCAGUGCAUCGCCAACAAUAGUGUGGGUGCAAUUGUGAGCCGCCCUGCAACAGUAUCCAUUGCAGUUCUUGGUGAUUUUGGUUCAUCAACAAAGCCUGUUAUUACAGCAGAAGAAAAAAGCACUGGUUUCAUUGGCUGCAGGGUACCAGAGAGUAACCCCAAAGCUGAGGUGCGCUAUAAAAUCCGGGGAAAAUGGCUGAAACAUUCCACAGAAAAUUACUUGAUCCUUCCAUCAGGAAAUCUUCAGAUUUUGAAUGUAUCUUUAGAGGACAAAGGAUCAUAUAAAUGUGCAGCUUUUAAUCCUGUCACACAUGAAUUAAAAGUUGAACCCAUUGGCCAAAAGCUCCUUGUGAGUCGCGCAUCUUCAGAUCAUUUUCACAUUCUUCAUCCCACCCUCCCACAGACAUUAGCUGUUCUUUCUCACAGCCCUGUCACCCUGGAGUGUGUGGUGAGCGGAGUCCCAGGCUCUCAGGUGUUCUGGCUGAAGGACGGUCAGGAUGCUGUGCUCGGAAGCAACUGGAGGAGGUUGUAUUCUCAUCUUGCCACUGAUAGCAUUGACCCAGCAGACUCUGGGAACUAUUCCUGUAUGGUGGGAAACAAGUCUGGAAACGUGAAACAUGUCACUUACAUGGUUAAUGUGCUUGAGCGUGCUUCAAUUUCUAAAGGACUGCAGGAGCAGAGAGCAUCUCUGGGUGCCACCGUGCUGUUUACUUGUGAUAUACAUGGGAACCCUGCCCCCAACCACACUUGGUUUCAUAACGCCCUGCCCAUUCAACCUUCCCCAAGGCAUCUAAUUGCAGGAGAUGGCCUGAAAAUCAGUGGUGUUACCAUGGAAGAUUCUGGGUUGUAUCAGUGUGUAGCAGAUAACGGGAUUGGAUUUAUGCAGUCUACUGGGAGACUUGAAAUUGAAAAAGGCAGUGGACGGAAGCCAGUUAUAAUCACAGCACCAGCAAGUGUGAAGGUGGUGGAUGGAGACUUCGUUACUUUGUCCUGCAAUGCCACCGGGGUGCCUGUUCCAGUCAUUCGUUGGUACGACAGGCAUGGGUUGAUAACCAGUCAUCCGUCUCAAGUCCUCAGAUCCAAAUCCCGAAAAUCACACUUACUGAGACCUGGGAGUGUGGACCUGGAUCCUGUCUAUUUUAUCAUGUCCCGGGCUGGCUCAAGCUCUCUGUAUAUCCAGACUGUCACUCAGGAGCACGCCGGGAAGUACAUCUGCGAAGCUACCAACUCACAUGGCACCACACGGUCAGAAUCAGUCCUCACAGUUGUUCCUUAUGAAACAAACACAAAAGCAGACACAGUCACACCUUCAGAUGCCACUCAGAAUGAUGGAAGAGAUGGUUCAGAAACUGGGUUAUUGAGCGCAUUUCCAGCGAAGGAACAUUCCAGUGUGGUAGAAUCAUCAUCAGAGAAAAAUGCUAGUGGGGUCUUGGUCCCUGAUGCCCCCAUCAUUUUGAGCCCCCCACAGACCCACACAGCAGACACAUACAGCCUGGUGUGGAGGGCAGGGAAGGACGGUGGACUGCCCAUCAACGCCUAUUUUGUGAAGUAUCGAAAGUUAGAUGAUGGUGUUGGCGCGGCGGGAAGCUGGCACACUGUUCGGGUCCCAGGAAGUGAAAAUGAGCUCCACUUAACAGAACUGGAGCCAUCUAGUCUCUAUGAGGUCUUGAUGGUAGCAAGAAGUGCAGCAGGUGAAGGACAGCCUGCUAUGCUUACCUUCCGAACUAGCAAAGAGAAAACAACAUCAUCGAAGAACACCCAGAUAUCCUCUCCACCCGUGGGUGUCCCUAAGCGCCCCAUAAUAUCAGAGACUGCAGAAAAUUUUGGAGUGGUACUUAAAGAUUCCUCUAGGCAUAGUGGAGUUCCAGAGGCCCCAGAUAGGCCUACAAUCUCUACUGCUUCAGAGACAUCUGUCUACGUUACUUGGAUUCCUCGGGCAAAUGGGGGCUCUCCAAUCACAGCCUUCAAGGUUGAAUAUAAGCGGAUGAGGACCAGUGAUUGGCUGGUGGCAGCAGAAGACAUCCCUCCUUCUAAACUCUCUGUGGAAGUCCGCAGUUUAGAACCAGGCUCAACAUACAAAUUUAGGGUCAUUGCCAUCAACCACUAUGGUGAAAGUUUUCGGAGUUCAGCAUCUCGUCCUUAUCAGGUGGCGGGGUUCCCCAAUCGUUUUUCAAACCGUCCGAUCGCUGGACCUCACAUUGCGUAUACAGAAGCUGUCAGUGACACUCAGAUCAUGCUAAAGUGGACAUACAUUCCAUCAAUUAAUAAUAACACUCCCAUUCAAGGAUUUUAUAUCUAUUACCGGCCAACAGAUAGUGACAAUGACAGUGAUUACAAGAGGGAUAUUGUAGAAGGUUCAAAGCAGUGGCACAUGAUUGGCCACCUGCAGCCAGAAACCUCUUACGAUAUUAAAAUGCAGUGUUUCAAUGAAGGAGGAGAGAGUGAGUUCAGCAACGUGAUGAUCUGUGAAACUAAAGUGAAACGUGUCCCUGGAGCUUCUGAGUAUCCCGUCAAAGACUUGAGCACGCCUCCGAGUUCCUCCGGGAGUGGAGGAAAUGCUGGGCCUGCGACCAGCCCUGCCAGGAGCAGUGACAUGCUGUAUCUGAUCGUUGGCUGUGUGCUCGGCGUCAUGGUCCUCAUUCUUAUGGUUUUCAUUGCCAUGUGCCUGUGGAAGAAUCGCCAGCAGAGUACCAUUCAGAAAUAUGACCCACCAGGAUAUCUCUACCAAGGGUCAGAUAUUAAUGGGCAUAUGGUGGAAUACACCACCCUGCCCGGUACAAACCGGAUAAACGGAAAUGUCCACGGACACUUCAUCAGCAAGGGGGGACUCAGCAAUGGCUGCUCCCACCCCCACCACAAAGUCCCCAAUGGAGUGAGUGGGAUCAUGAAUGGGAGCAUAAAUGGAGGGCUCUACUCUGGGCGCACAAACUCUCUGACCAGGACCCAUGUGGAUUUUGAACAUCCUCAUCAUCUAGUGAAUGGCGGUGGAGUGUACACAGCAAUCCCCCAGACGGACCCGCUGGAGUGUGUGAACUGUCGAAAUUGCUGCAACAACAACAGGUGUUUCACCAAAACCAGCAGCACCUUCAGCAGCAGCCCACUGCCUGUAGUCCCCGUGGUAGCACCUUACGCUCAGGAUGGUUUGGAAAUGAAGCCCCUCAGUCACAUGAAGAUGUCUGUGUGUCUGGCAUCCACAAUCCCUGGCUGUGGCCAGUCCCCUGAGGAGAGCAUCAAGGAUGAUGUGUCACCAAGACCUGCUCAGAAUAGGUGCUGUCGGGACAACAGAAAUGAGGUCAACUCUGAUUGCACAGAAGAUACAGCAGAGUUCAGCAGAGGCAACAGCUGUGUCCAUUCAGAAACAGAGAACAAAAUUCUAAGUUGGAAUCCGCUUAUUUUGCCACCUGUUUCAGAGGACUGUAUUGAAAAGACAGCAUGGUCUCCUGAUCCUCCUUUAGACAGCCCUUCAGGGGUCCUUCAGCAACCCCAGGAAACCUGAGGAUGUGCAAACAACUAGCCACAUCCUACUUCAAGCCAGGAACUGCGCAGAAAGACCUGGGGAUGGACUUUGUGAAGGACAUUAAUUCAAAUCAGAGAAAAUCAUUAUUUAUUUUUUUGUAGUGGUGAUGUCCUAUGAAUGUAUCCUAAAAUGUGUGCCCUUUUAUAUUAUUUAUGCCUUAAAAAUUCCCUUCCCUAUUCCUUCCUCCCCGAUCAGUAGGAAGUGACCUACUUUUGCAGUUUUCAAUCAUCUAGAGAACAGUGGAAUCAGAGGGUUUUCCAGGGACCUUGUUGGCAGUAAGAGCUCCCCUUGCAAGGACCAAGCUUGGUGGAUCAGCUAAGAGGGAAUUGUACAGGCUGUUCAGGUUUUCUGCUAUCUUUCAAUAUUGUGUUAGUGGACGUUCUGAGAACAGUUAAAGUCAACCACAGUUGUAACCUGGUGUUUUAAAUAGCAGAUCUCCUAUGAAUUGUAUGAGUGCCUUUCGCAAAAGUGAUGGCUGACCUGUUGACUCACUGUCUGCACCUGAGUACAAGUGGUGUUCGGUUUUCUAGGCACUAAUCCUAAGCAGCGUCCUGGACAUGGUGAGGUUACAGUCUAGUUGGGUUAUUAAGCUAUGCAGGAAGGGACCAAGGCCAGAGAGAAUGCUUUCAAACCCUACUUCUUUAAAGUGCAUUCCUUUAGAAAGUGGUCACCAUGGACUCUUCUAUUUCUAAGAAUAGGAGUAAAAUAAGAUGUUAAGGUGGCAACUUGAAAGAGAAAGAUACAUGUUUUCAGAAGACCAGGGAGGACUCCUUGGGCCUGUGUUGGCAGAAACUCUCCACUGGUGUAAGAUUAUGUUCAUGGGGCUGUGUCACCCCAAAUCAUCGUCUUCUGACUCCCAGUAGGAGCAGUACCUGGAAGAGGUGCAUGUCAGAAGAGAUUUAAUUUGAAGGGAGAGCUGUAUGGUUUGACAUUCCCCGGCAUUUGUUCAGAACGUUGUCACUUGAAACAGUCACAUGAAGCUUUGGUUAGCAGAGCUCAUAAAUCACAGUUACUGCUGCCUCUGAGUGACAAGGACAUUUGCAGCUGCCUUGGCUUUUCUUCUCCACAUCUUGAAAAAAAAAAGAAAAAAAAACACUAAGUGUGUUUAAUAGCUUGAGUCAAGCUUUAGUGGAUCACUGCUCUUUUUGGAUUGUACAUCCCUUUGGGAAAAGAAACAGAAAAUGAUUCUCUUUAUGUCCAUGGAGUAAGCAGUUCCAGCAUACAUAAAGAAAUGUUACAGUUUCCCAGAAAUCGCAGUGAAAUAAACUAGAAUACUAUGUUAAUCAACUUGCUAUAUAAAUGCAUCACUAUUCCUUUACAUAUGUCUAUAUAUUUUAUAAAUAGAACUGUUAGUGAAAUGUGCUGUUUAGGCUGAGUCACUAUGCAAGGGUUACUUCGAGUAGAAAGUAGUGAAUAUAAUUUCAUAGUCGGGUGUUAGGGAUGCUCUAGAAUCAAGUUCUACCUUCCAGACAUCCUUGCCUGUAGUACCCUGGAUUUAUUCUUCAUGUUGCUUAGAUGCAAUUAGCUUUGGAGGGGGAUAGCUGCAUCCCUUACUUCUGUGACUAGCAAAGGACAAAGUCCUAGUACACAGAACAUGAAAAUAUACCCUGUGUUUGCCAAUCAUGUUACAGUGACGCUGUCACAAAGGGAGUUUAGAAAACUGGGGAGUAAAUGUUUGUAGGCAGUCAUUUUGAUUCAGGAAACAGAGGUGUAUUAGCAUGAGCCUUAGGUCAUAAACUGCUUUUAUAAAGAUUGAGUUUGAAUAUGGGAUUUGUCCACUAGGAAGAGAAAAUAUCUCAUUGUGGACUGCUUUUAUUUAUAUUAUUAGUAACGCUGUUUUAAGUGUUAUUCCUUUUAUUGUAUUUUAUUUAUAAAAAAUGCCUUUAUAUAUUGAGAUAUAUAAAUAUAAAGAGAUAAAUAUAUAUAUAUAUAUAUACAUAAAAUUGCCUUUAUGUUUAGGAGCUAUGAGUUGUUCUGAACUUCUGUGCCUGGCACAGUCAGAGAAACAGUGCGACCUGAUGUCACUUCACAGGAUGUAAUGUCAGAGGAUAUAAUGCAGUGCGGGCCAUGGCACACACAUUUGUAGAAGAACUUGAUGUUCGUUACUUUACCCUCACGACAGAUCUGCAAAGUUGGCGUUAGAGUCCCCAAGUAACACAGUGAGCCACAGAGCCUGAAUUGGAACCCGAUUCUUCUAGGGCUGUAAUCUGGGCUCUCUCUGUGGUUCCGCACUGCUUUCCAGAAGCAUUGUGGUUCAUCCACUCUUUCGACAGAACCAGCCCAGUUUUGAAUGCUCCUGCCCACCCCUGCUGUGUGAUUGCUCUGAGGCUGGCUACAGCUAGGGAGGCUGCCCUCUGUCCUAUGUGGGCAGCGCUCUAUGCUUAUUGCGUGGAGUCCACGUUUCUUCCGGUCACCCUCCACCCCUUACCGCCGCCCCCCAACCCCCACCAGGGAGGGAACUUGAUCUUCUCUUGGCUUAGUAAGCAUGUAAUCGGUCAGGCCUUGUCAUGUUCCUUCUCUUAGAAUUCUCUGUAAUUCUUUGUUUUAGCAUUGAACUUGCCCUGCGCCUGUGAUCUCAUUUCACUAUUUCCUUUUUGGUGAUGCACUGAUAGUCUGGUGAUAGAUGCGGUACACGAUGUAACUUAAAUUGCAACGCUUUAAACCUUUUGAGUGGUCUUUUGAAAAGCAUUUCAUCCUGGGUUUUGUUUCGGUUGAAUGAGUCUGUGAAGACCAGUGCAUCCAUAUUAGGCUGAUGGCGUUGCAACAAACCUCAUUCCAGCUGCAGGACCGCCAAGAAGUUGAUUUCAGAACUGAACGUCACCUGUGUUGCUCUUUUAAAGCAAUGACUUUGAGAUGCAUGUCUUUGUAUCAUAUUGAAAAGUAUGUUUUAUUUUCCUUAAAGUUGUAAUAUUAUGUUUGAAAUUGUACAUAUUUUAAAUGAUGUAGCUUUGACAGGUUCUAUUUGAUUGAUAUGAUUUUAUAUUAAAAGAGAAUGCUGCUUCCUUGUAGAGUAGCAUGUGAAGAUGAAGAUACCCAUGUACUCCCUGUUUGUGUAAAGUGUGACGGGGGCCGGUGUUUGUCUGACUCUGAAAUUCUUUGGAACCUCCUGUCAUCCCUGAAAAUCCCCUGUGCACACCCAAAAGCGAGUGAUUUAAUCUCUUCUAUUCUGACUGCAGAAGUCCAGGCCCUGAAGGAACAGAGUCCAGAACAAGUGUUUUAUGGAGAGCCUGGGAAAUACCUGAGCCAAGGAGCUGUGUGGAAGCAGGCACACCCCCUUGGGGGAACUCACUCUCUAUUCUUUGGCAGGAAGGAGGGUGGGAGAGAAGCAUGAAGAGAACAGGGAGGACUGGUCCCUUCUGUCGUCUGUUUUUACCAACAACCUAGAGCAAUGUGUGUAUCAACUCCAGGGAUAGCCUCCCCAAGGAGCAGCUUUCGCUUGCCCUAAAAAAGUCUGUCUGGGCUGCUUUGACAAGAAAGCCGAUGGGAUCUUAGGCAUUGGGUGUGGCCAUUUUGUAUUUUAUUCUCCAUAUUUAAGUAAGCGUUUCUUAAACCUGAGCCCCAGUCCUAAGAGCUUUGACGGAAUUUGAGACCCCUUUUCAAAUAAAGUCUAAAUCUGUGAGAACCUAAGAAACAACUUAAGUUUCUGUCAGUUUUCCAUCUCCUUUCAGGCGCCACUUCCUUAUUCCUGGCAAGCUCAUCCCUUGGCUCUCCUGCUGUUUCUUCUCAUCUCAGUUCCCCGUGGGGGCAGCUCCGAGUCCUGACUCUUGGAGCCGGUUGAACAAGCAUUCGUUUGUUUCACCCGGGCUUCAGACACACUUGGAGCCAGUGAGUCAUGCUGGCAGGGGCUGGACUGCGACUUUGAAACAGCCCCCGUCCCCUGCCAUCCAGCUCCCCCAGGCCUGGUGACAGGAAGUUGCAUCGGUAAAGCUCCGGCUCUGUCUUCCUGGCACGGACUCUGGGAGCCUAGUGCACGCUGUCCCUUGACUGCUGCAGACCCCAUGAUCUUCCCCACCCACAGGUAAGGGGAAAACAGACCCUGGGGUCAACACCUAAGGCUGCUGCCAACACUGAUUAAGCUCCUCUAAUAGAAGCUUGCGCUCUCGGGGAAGGACUUUGAGAUUUGGAAAAUAACUAGAAAAGCAUCUUACUUGCUACAGUUGAGUGAAGGGAACAUGCCUACAUGACCCGUCUCUCAUGCCCUCACUUUCUCUCACUAGGAAAACCUGGGAUCCAGCUGAACCUGGGAUCAGCCUCUCCCGUGGGAGCUGCAAUUGAAAUAACUCUCUACUCCUCUGUCUCUGGUGAAUCCUCUCACCCUCUUGCACAUCUGGCCUGUACCCUGUUCUAGUAUAAAUAAAUAAAUCUUAAAAAAAAAAAAAAAUAACCCUCUACUGUGAGAGCAUCAAGGAUGAUUUAUAAUUUAUUCAGGUGUUGCUCAAUUCACAAACUCAGUCUGGAAGCAUCAGACACCACGGAUUUCACUCCAGCUCGUCCUUCCACCUGUCUUCACAAGCUGGGCCAGGUCUUCUUUUGUGACCAGGUCACAGAAGCACUGCAGCUGAACCUGACACUGUAGGGUAUUCAUUGAGGAAGGGGUAAUUGGUAUCUUAACUACCUUGGUUUUAAGUCCUCUUCGGGCCUAAGGGGUGUUCCCCACCUGUCUUCCCUAUGCUUAUCUUCUCUUGGGGGACCUCAUGGCGUCGCAGACACUGGGAUGGUGACAUUUACAGGCAUGUCCAUGGAGUCUUGAGUAGGACCUGAACCAUGGGUGGUGGGGAGUGUUUCAGUGCCUACAGAGAGCAGACAUGAUUAAAGGAAUGGUAGAUGUUUGGGGGUGUCCCAGGUUGUUCCCAGGGGACAAGAGAGAAUGAAAAUCACACAUGAAACUCGGGACUGCUUUCUUUUCCCUGAGUGUAUCUUUGAGCUCAAAUCCUGCUAUCGUGCCUGUGCGCCAGGGUCUUCCCUUGAACCUCUUUCUUGGUGACUUUGCUCCCUGAGGCUGAAGUGAGAGUCAAGUGAGUGACAACCACACUUCCCCAAACUUCCUUGCCACUCAGAAAACAGUUGUGACCCCCCAGGAUGAUGGGUUCCACACUCACGUGGGAAUAAGCAAUUGACCAAGACCUGCAGGGAGUAAAGGAAACCAUAAAUUGAGGAAUCUGGCAUAGACCCCAGGAGAGUAACCCUUUCUUUUCCCAUGGGCAGAUGGCCCGGAUGCCUGAAGUUGGGGGUUGGUGCACCAAAGGACAUCUAGCACUGGGGAGAGGCCACA